AUGUCUUCACAAACCCUGCUCCACCCCGAGAUUUUCACCUCCCUCAAUGACCGUAUCGAAGAGGAGACUGCCGUCCGCGAGACUCUCACCCAGAUCAUUCAACGCCUCGAGCGCGCCGUCGCCACAGCCCAAGCCCUCCUCUCCCGAGUUCACGGAACACCUCGCGCUCGCUACCCCGCCCUCAUCGAGCAGGUCGAAGCCGUCAUCGGGGAGCAAAGAGAAAUAAUCGGCGAACUCAGCAAGACAGCCUCCAAUCAUCCUUACUACAAGUACAACAGCAAAUGGUCACGCACCGUGCAGUCCGCCAUCACCACAGCCAUCUACACAGCCUGGCUCGGUGGCUUUCCGCUGGACGACUCCCCCGCCCGUCUAGGCCGGCUCGCCACCCUCGAGGACAUCGGCAAGAUCUACCAGGUGCCCACGAAUCUCAAAGACAAGGAUGCCUUCCACAUCACAAUCGAAGAGUACCUCCUCGCCCUGACAGAAUUUACCUCGGACCUGUCGCGUCUGGCCAUCAACAGCGUGACCAUGGGCGACUUUGAGCUCCCGCUCGUUAUCUCGGCAUUCAUCAAGGACCUCUUCGCCGGCUUCCAGGUCCUCAACUUGAAGAACGAUAUCCUCAGGAAGCGUGCCGAUGCCGUCAAGUAUGACGUCAAGCGUGUCGAGGAUGUGGUCUACGAUCUGAGCCUGAGAGGGCUGGUGAAGAGGCCGACAGAUGCGGACACCGAGAUGAAGACGGGAGCGUAG